AUGGCUGCACCGCUCAUGUUCCAAAGCCUAGGCACACGGCUCGCCAUCCUGGCUUGCUUCUGGAUCACGCUGCUCGCCAGCAUUCCAUCUUGGCUUCGCUUGACCACAAUCCAGCGCUUGCCAUUACCAACACGGCAAGUCGAGGCGCUCCAACUCAACGCAACAUGUCCGAUCACCUUUCCGGCCAGCCUCGGCAUCCUUGUCGACUCUGCGCUGCUACCAACGCCUGAUGCGCAAGAUGGCACAGAGUUCCUGCAGCAAGUGGAACAGCUCGUUCAGCAGAGUCUUGAUUUCAAGGCUGAGCUGCCCACAGCUACCAGCUUGGAAUGCAUGCGCUGGAGCGUCACCUCUCAGCGCCUUUCUUCAGCACAGCAGCAACAGAACUUGCUGGAGCCAGAGCAGGGCCGGUACGUGGUUCGAGUGCUCAGCGAGUCCUCUUCAACCUCGUCCGCAGGCUCAAGCGAGGAGGCAGCUUUGCCGACAGUCUAUGUCCCUUUGCCCCAAGACCCAUCUGCACUCCCUCUUGUGCCAGACACCAUCAGCGCUGCAGUCAUUUCCGAACUCCUUCAUCUCCGCGGCGAGGAUCGAAGCGCUGUCACUUGCUCUUCCACGCACUCUACACCAGCAGGCACGCAGCAAGACCCGCGCGUAAUCCAAUACAGCAAACACAUCCGUCUCGUCUUCAGCAUCAUGAAUCAAGACAGCACCGAUGUGUGUGGUUAUGACAGCAGCCUCAUCCAUGCACUUGCUUCAAGUGGAGGCAAGCAGAAUCCGAUAGCAAGAGUGAUGCAAGAGUUGAAAGGGCUGCACGACUUUCAUGUUGAGACGCAGGUUCAGUGGUUCGCUCCGUUGGCCUUUGCGCCUACGCACGAGCUUCUGGAGGCGGUGGUGGAGAGGCAAGUGGACGAGACGGUGAUCGUUGAUGAGAUCGUUGAGGAGGAUGUUGAAGUUGAGAUUGAUCAAGAGGAGCCAGAGAUUUCCUCUGACGCCUCUCAAGCCGGUCCAGGAGGGGAGCAGGCAGAAGAGGAGGAUCAAGUAGAAGCACAACUUAGAACAGCACCCAAGCGUCGAACAAAACUCGUCAAGCAACCACGAACGAUCCAAGUCGCCCGCACGCAACGAGUCAUGAAAGAAACCAGAACACCUUUGCCUCCGCGUCACCUUGUCGAAUGGGAUGAUCUCAAAGUAUUCGUCAACUCCGAAGAAUGGUCUCUCACCUCCACGGUGCCACCUAUGUACUCCAACCAGACUGUCCUGGCUAGGCCGUUUGAUGUUCUUUCUCAGACCCACGAUCUUCACUUCUUGCUCUACGUACCCAGCAAAUCGCACUCUCCAUUGCUGAUCAGGGACCCUACAACCGGUGGAGUUCGAGGAGAAGAAAGAGGAGCUUGGUUGAUCCCGCAGUGGGGCGGAGUCGUCAUCCUCAACAUUCCUCAUGGAAACACUUCUCAUACUGGCCUGAACUUGGCCAAUACAGCAACAAAGGCUCAGGUAGGAGAGCUUCCAGCAGAAGCCGUUGCUGAAGCAAUUACUCUAUUCUCCCGUCAGCUAGAGAUUCUCCUUGGCCUACCUCGUACUCCUUCCUCCAGUGCUGACAGCAAUCUGCAAAGAAGAAUCGCAUUAACCACGCUCAGGCAAAAACGAAUACUCGAAUUGACACGAGAAUCGCAUUCGACCCUACUCGCCAUCACCCGUCUAGUCAAGCAAAUCAAAAACCUCGGGGUCGGUGCAACAGUGAAAGAGGAUACACAAUUAGCGCUCUCGCUCCUCCGAUCUCUCACCACUUCUGGUAAGAAAGAAGGUUUGCAGGAGAUACUGGAAAGUGUCAAAGGUGCAUAUGAGUUGAGUAAUCGCGCUUUUUUCAAUCCUGAUAUGCUGGCUUUGUUGUAUUUCCCAGAUCAACACAAGUAUGCUGUUUACACUCCCCUUUUUGCUCCCUUGCUCGUACCACUAUUGGUGACAAGUAUAAAGCUGCUUAUCGAAGCGAUCCGCUCGUCAACAGGCAAGAAAAAUGUCAAACGACCCAAGUGA